AUGGUAGCGGAGCUGGCAAAUGCCACACAGAACCGCGAGGCAGCUCAGAACCCAUAUUUCUUGGAUGAGUUUGAAGCUCUCAGUCAGUACCAUGACAUAUUUUCGGUCUCUCCAAACAGCAAGAGUAGUGGCCAUGUCAUUCAAUCGGUGCUUCCUUUACUGGCUGGUCGUCCUGCCCGUCCUUUGGAUACUUCAAUGUUUCAGACUCAAGUGCCCAAUGUCCUUCACAAACUGUCACUAUUCUCAGGCUCGGCGCGUUCGUCGGCAUUCGGCACCGCUAUCAACGGCACCUUCUCUUUGGACCUACUAAAAAAAUUGACUUUUGUCGAUCUGACGAUCUUAGGCCAGAUGGAUGCCAUCGAAGUGGAGAAGCAGACUCUUUCCAAGAGUUUGGCCCUUUCUUCCCAUGAGAUCUCCAUGGAUCAAUUUAGAGCCCUUAGGCGAGUCUUAUGUGAACUCACUCGAGAGCUUGUCGUCGUGCACAAGGAGUUCUUUGAGCCGCAGUCAUUUGACCAAUUGGUUUCCACCUUGCACGCAAUCGCUGAACAAGGCACAUCCACCGGCCCUCUAUCGUUCAAUAUUCACUUGGAGCCAAGACUACCUGGUGAUCAUUACUUCAAGGCUUUUGCGGAACGAGCACUUCCAGCUCUUCUAGUGUCUCUGGCUACCGAUUCCGUAACUACAGAGGAUGCUCAAAACACGGGGGCUGCUGUGGUCCAGUUAGCUGUCAUCCUUCUGCGACUUUUCGUUCCGGACAAGCCAUUUGAUCCCUCUUUGAGCUUAGUUGUCCAAAGACGUCGCCAUGCACAGCGCACUUCCGAGCUCACUACCAAGGCACAGGCGAUCUCCUCGUUCGAACUCAAGUUCUCCGGUCAGGCCACGAACAUCCGCCACAAUAUCCUGCAGGGACAAUUACACGAUCUGGGCUCAGCGCCUCCCCCGUCUUCUAUUACUCGGCCGCCUGUCUCAGAGAUGAGUCUACUCCAUGCGGAAUUCUCAAGCUUAGUGAGGUCUGUUUUGGAUAGACAUCCCGAAAACAUCGUGAACGCACCGGUCGAGAAGGCGUCCGAAGGCUUGGUGGGAUUAUUGCGAGACAAUAUCCGCCAACUGAGCCAACGUCUCAGCACAAACUACAGAUCUUAUGACGACUUGACAGUUCCUGUCGUUCGUUUCCUUCAAAUCUUGGAUCUUGGUCUUUCCCUAGCUUCUAGCAGAUUCCAGUCACCACAUGAUAUGCAGGCCGUUCAGACCAUCAGCGAAAGCACACCGUUCCUUGGAGGUCAUGUUCAUCCCAUUUCGGCCUUCGAGAGUCAAAUCACCGAUGCCAAUCCGAAGCGUGCUAUCGAGCUGUGGUUCCACAAAUUAUCAUCCUUAAGAGUGGCCGGGAACGCGGACGCAACAGUGCUUUCCACUCAGGUGGGACGCAACGCUCUUCGCAAGCUAUUCGAUCACUUCCAUGUGUUGUGGAAGGCAAAGCUGCGGGAGGAUCAGGAAGAAGAGGCGCAGAACUCCAGUCUGUACCACUACAAGGGGUCCUGGGAAGAUGGCGAGGAAGUUAACGAGAAGGAGCUCAAUGAACUUUUCCCUACAUAUGAUGGCGACACAGCGGAAGAAGGUGCCAAGCCUACCCGCAUUGAUCCCAAGGCUAUUUCCCUCCGGCUUGCCUCCCUGCACGCGAAGUUGUUCCGGGUCGAAAACCCUGCGAGUGUUCUCACAGCCUACGUCAAAGAAUCUGCUACACUGCUCGGUUCAAUUUGGUCUGAGAAGGAAGGUUCGAGCUCUUACGUUCAUCCUAAGGAGCAUAUCUCCGGUAUACUCCUACUUUUGGAGGACGCCCUCAACAUAGAGACGGAUUCUGUGAGCAACUACAACUUCUAUACUGAUGCAAACAUCGGAGAAGCCCGGAAACUUGUCUCUUUGGCCCUGUCCACGCAAUCUCGAUUCCUCCAGAUCCAGAAGACCUGGCCCGACCAUGCUGUUCUCGAAGAUGUUAUCUUGUGUUGCAAGGAGAUCCUCCAGUUCAAACACACGGAGCCCGUUGCGAAGUUCAUCACCAAGGUUGAGAAGCUGCAUGGGCUGGUUCACGAGUGGCAGCUUGUUGCAAGCAGAGAGUUCUCAGCGGCAGCUGUUUACGACGAGAUCACUGCCUUGACCAUCAAUUGGAGACGACUCGAGCUGUCCACCUGGGCUAGACUUUUGGAGAUCGAAAGAGAGAAGUGUGGACAAGAUGUGGGCUCGUGGUGGUUUGUUGCCUAUGAGGCAAUCAUCGGUGCCCCAAUCCAAAUCGCGGAGUCUAGCUCGGAGGAGUUGAACACCCACGUUCUCGAGGUCAUCUCAACAUUGGAACAAUUCUUCCUCUCAACCACUCUGGGCCAGUACAGUGCGCGCUUGCAACUCAUUAAGGACUUCCGCACGUUACUACUGCUCUACGUUGAGGACCUUCCUUCUCUGAAGCAACUCACUUCCGCCUUGAGCAACUUCAUUCAGCGUUACACGCAGUACGAACCCGUGGUGCACAAGAUACUGAACGAAAGAAGAGUGGCGCUUGAGAAGGAAAUCAAGGAACAAAUUCAGCUCGCUAGCUGGAAAGAUACGAACAUUGUUGCCCUCCGAGAAAGUGCUCGACGAUCGCACACCAAGCUGUUCAAAUUGGUCCGCAAGUAUCGGGAAGCCCUGGCUCAACCUGCUCAGCAAAUUCUGGAGCAAGACAUGCCGGACGAUAACGAAGAGCUCAAGCCCACCCAUCAGCGACCAGACUUGUCCUCAGCAAGCUUCCCAGGCGCUCUUGAAAUGUGUCAAACAAUUGAUAAAGCCUGGGGUAAUCGGCCGCCCAGAUUCAGGGAUCCAAAUGGCACAGUGGGUAAUAUGACGCACAUGUAUAUGUCCAUUCCCGCCGAGUUUGAUGUGGCCGGGGAACUUGAUGGCUUUGUCAAAUUCUUCAUUGAGAGCAUCAAGGAAUUCAGGUCACAGACACCCAAGACUCUGACUGAGGAGAACAAGGAUGGAGUGCAGCAUCUCAAGGUUCAAAAGCGUCGCUUUUAUGCGGACACAUUGCGCCGCAUAAUGGACAUGGGUGUCAAGCGCAGUGCUAGCAUGAACUUGAUGGAAACGCAAGCAUCCGUUUCACAUGUCCUUGCUACCAGCCCAGUUCUGGGAGGCGAGGCCAUGCAGAACGAUACCACGAAGAGUGCCGACCUUUACUUCCACCGAUUCUUAGACCUCCUUCCUCGUGUGCGUCAAGCAUCGCGCAACUACUCUGAAGAUCUCAGCAACGUGGAGAUCUCAAGAAGCUCAGGAUCUAUUGAGCACUUGCUGUUCUUGAUUCGCAAGCAGAGAACUGUUAUCUCGCCCGCGCUAUUCGACUUGGAAGCACUCCAGUCGACGCUUGUCAAGACUGCAAACAUGUGGACUUCGGGGUUCAAGUCGAUCUACAAGCCAAUUGCCGGGUUCUUAGAGCAGACGCAAGACGUGUCACGGGCUGUCUCCUGGUUGGCCCCUAUACUUGGGCUGGCCGCUACAAUUGUGGAGCUGCAUGCCAAGUUCUCCGGCAUCGACUCUCUGGUCGUCUCUAAUGGCUUGCGCUCUUGGAAAGAAACCUUUGAUCGCCUGCGAAAGUCGCUCACCAGUCUUCCGGAGCUGCCAAAGGGUGUAUCCUCACAGAACCAUAAGCGCGCUCUGGAGGAGACCUCGUCUUCUUUCACUGAGUUGAAUCAACAGAUCCUGCAAUGGACCGAAGCCCGUCCUGAUCUUUCCUUUGCCUUGUCCCAGAUCAGCCCUUGGACUAAUGUCAACAUCCAGGCAAUUGAAGGAUUGCGAACUGAUGAUGGAUUGGCGAUUGAGGAAUUUGAUAGCAGUCUCCUGGCAGCAGUUGACAAGAUCCUCGUCAGCAUUCAAAAACUCAGAGAGGCACCAUCUCUCGUCGGAUCCCCCGGUCUGCUGGCACGAAGUGACGAAUUCUUCAGCAAGGCAGUCAAGGCUAUCCAUCUGACCGGUAUCACUUCAUCACUGGAAUCCGUCCUGGAAACGCUUCAGCAUGUUCAAGAGCGCGCAGAUUCCGGACUUGCUUUCGCAUGCGCAUUACUCGCUAGUCUGCUUCCCAUCAUGAACAAGUACUGCCACAUCUGCAAGGACCUUCUGGAUCGAUUCGUCACCGUUCACCGCGAGACGUGCAAGAUGUCAUAUGUGCUCGCCAAGUCAUUCAACCAGAUCGCUUCGGAGGGAUUCUGCAUGCCUGCCGAGGCAUCCGGCGAAGAAAGCAAGUCUGGGCAAUUGGAGAGUGGAACGGGUCUUGGUGAUGGCGAGGGCGCUGAAGAUAUUAGCAAAGAUGUCGGGGCCGAUGAAGACCUCUCGGAGCUUGCCCAGGAACAGAACGAGAACCCCAAAGAGGAUAUGGACAAGUCCGCCGAUGCAGUGGAUAUGGACCAGGAAGACAUGCAAGGCGAGGAAGGUGAGCGCAAGGAAGACGACGAACAAGACAAGGACGAGAGUGGCGACGAAGAGGAAGACGGUGAUAUCGAUGAGGAAGUAGGAAGCGUGGAUGAUCUUGAUGCCUCGGCAGUGGAUGAAAAGAUGUGGGAUGGUGCCCACGACGAGCAGCAAAAGGAGACUGAGAACGAACAAGGCAAGGGUCAGACUGAGUCCGACGAGCAGACUGCAGCGCAGGAGGAGAAGAAGAAGGAUGAGAAUGGAGAGGAGGCCGAGAAAAAGGAGGGCGAGGAGGAUGAGGAAGAAGAAACAGAGGACGAAGAAGCCCCCGAAGAAGAGGGCGAGGCUAUUGGACGUGAAGACAUGGAUGUCACAGAUCCGCAUGCCAAGGAAGAGGAAGCUCUUGACCUUCCGGAUGAGAUGCAACUUGAUGGCGAGGAGAAUGGCGACGAAGGCCAAGAAAGUGACGACGGUCUCGACGAUGAUCUGUCAGAUUUGGGCGCUGCUCCUGCAGAGGAGGAGCAGAACGCAGAUGGUCUGGACGAGAACCAAGAAAACGAUGGCAUGGAGCCGGGCGAAGAAGAGCAAGACAUGGAGCAAGCCGAGGAAGAGGCCAAUGAGGACGACAACAUGGGCGAAGCUGAAGCUGAUGGUGAAGAAGAAACCGAGAAGCCUGGAGAGGAGCCCGAAGACACGCCCCAAGACGACAUUCUUCUCCAGCGUGACGAGAACGAGAUGAAUGGAGAAGACGUGGCACCUAGCGAGGCUGUCAAUGGUGGACUGGGUGCUGACCAGGACCAGAAUCAAGAAAAGGGCGCAUCCGGUAAUGCACAGCAAGAGAACGGCUCUAAGGACCAAUCUGCCGAGCAGCAACAGCAAACCGGUGCUUCUAAGGAUGGAGACGACAGUGAGCGGCACAGAGAUGCAGGAGGCGCGGACGAUUCCAAUCCCGAGGACCCUCAGCUGCAAGCGUUCAAGAAGCUGGGUGACAUGCUAGAGGAAUGGCAUCGCAAGCAGAAGGAAAUCAAGAACGCCUCCAACCAGGAAGACGAUGACUCCCAGAACCCUCUGCCUCAGGAUACGGACAUGGCAGAUGCGGAUUUCGAGCAUCUCGCGGACCAAGACGAUGUCGCCGAUACUCAAGCCCUUGGCCAAGCAAAUGAGGAGCAAGCAAAGGCCCUCGAUCAGAACAAGGGUGUUGAGUCGGACAUCAAGCCUGGUGAGAACGAGCCUCUGCCGGACUCAGACGAGCCCCAAGAGCUUCCGGGCAAUGAGCUGGAGGACGAAAUGCAGCUGGAUCAGGGACCCACGGCUGCUGAAGGACAAACCGCAGGCGCGAUGAUCCCUGGCAACUCGCACACCCAGGAGCGCACCACCGACGCUGUUGGUCAACAAGAGAUCAACGAGGAACUGGAUGAAGUAGACGCACAUCUCGCAGCCAUCCACCUAUCGUCCACCCUGCCCCCUCUCACUCCCAGAGAUGAGGCCCAGCGACUCUGGUCGCACUACGAAUCCGUCACCAAUGACCUCUCCCUCUCGCUGACCGAGCAACUCCGCCUCAUCCUCGCACCGACCCUGGCAACGAAGCUGCGCGGCGAUUUCCGCACGGGUAAACGACUAAACAUCAAGCGCAUUAUCCCGUACAUCGCGUCGCAAUACAAGCGCGACAAGAUCUGGAUGCGACGAUCCAUCCCCUCCAAGCGCAACUACCAAAUCAUGCUUGCCGUCGACGACAGCAAGUCCAUGCUAGAGAGCGGAAGUGGACAACUCGCGUUCGAAACCCUAGCGCUCGUGUCCAAGAGUCUCAGCAUGCUCGAAGCCGGCGACCUCUGUGUCCUCGGAUUCGGCAGCGAAGACCACGUCCGAGUCGCGCACGACUUCGGCAAACCGUUCUCCUCGGAAGCCGGCAUGCAAGUCUUCCAGCACUUCAGCUACCAGCAGACCGGCACCAACGUGCGCAAACUGAUCGCUGACUCAAUCGCCUUGUUCCGGGAAGCUCGCUGGAAGCAGUCUCCGGGAGGAGGCAACGCCGAUCUCUGGCAGCUGGAGCUCAUCAUCUCCGACGGUAUCUGCGAGGAUCACGACACUAUUCAGCGCCUUGUGCGCCAGGCUCAGGAGGAGCGGAUCAUGAUUGUGUUCAUCAUCGUCGAUGCCGUCAAGGGCAGUUCCAUCCUGGAUCUCAGUCAGGCUAGCUUCGAGCCGGACACUGAGAGCGGGACUGGGGAGAUGAAGUUGAAGAUGAAACGGUAUCUGGAAGGAUUCCCCUUCCCUUAUUAUCUGGUUGUACGCGAUGUCAAGGAGUUACCGGCUGUUUUGGCUACGGCGUUGAAGCAAUGGUUCGCAGAGGUUGUUGAUGUUUCCUCUUAGAAUUUCAUGUUUGUUUUUUGGUUAUAGAAAAAAGUAUAACGGUGGCUGUUUGUUUAUGGCGCAUGUGGGUUUUUCUUUUUUUGAAUGGUUAAAUAUCUAGCAAAGAUCCAAUAAAAAAUUUAUUUAG